GCAAUCAUAUUCCGAUAAGAACCCGCGAUAUCGAGUCGGAACAACGCCACUCUGUGUCUGGCUGCUCUUUUGGUAAUACCAUUGUUAAUCUUUUUAGUGAUUUAAAAAGUGAAGGCGAUUGGGUGUUCUUUUACUCUUUGCGUUACUUGAUUUGCUUUUGUCACGCUAGAAGUCUUUGUCACGAGCAUGAAAAUUUGGUGAAUAAAGGUGCACAACUUGCUUAGAAGUAUCCAGUUGACUCUGAAGUGUUGAGAAUCCUAAUUUCAUUGUUCUAAAUAUGGAAAAGGAAGAUGUACUUGAUGACAAGAGUUCAACAGCUUUUAAAAUCAACUGGUCCUCUUCAAACAUUCCUUCUAACUUUGUAGUGAACAAUACACUGCCUCCAAGUCUGGCACACAGCUACUCACAUCAAACAUUACUUGGGCAUGGUCAGCAGUUUUCCAAGAAACUACUGCCGUCUAGAACAAAAUUUCGAACACAUGCUACUGUUAAGGUUUCACCGAUGGGACAUGAUCAUUUGGCAGAGAGGAAACUUAGAGACUCAGUACAAAAAUCUGAUACAAGCACAUUGUUUGAGCUGAUCAACAAGGGUGUAAAUGUGUCUGGUGCUGACUCAAAACAUAGAACUGCUCUUCAUUUUGCUGCAGCACAAGGAAAUGCUCAAACCCUAAAGGUUCUACUUGAAAAUGGAGCUAAUCCAAAUGCAAAAGAUCUUAAUGGAAAUACACCUCUUCAUCUGGCUGCUUGUACAAAUCAGGUUAAAAUAGUGACUCUCCUACUACAAGCAGGGAGUGACGUCAAUGCUUCUGACUUCAGUGGAAAAACUCCACUUGACCUUGCAAACUCCAGGUUAAGAAUUCUUUAUGGUAAUCAGAACAUCAGAGGAAAGCCAUCAAUUUAUUGUGAGGAAGUGAAGCAAGUUAUAGAGAUGAUCAAGGCAUACAUGUCAAGACUUGGAAAUACAAAGGCAGAAGAAACACUGGAUCAACUUUGUAGCAUGCUCGGAGAUUCUACCACUACAGAAGAGGUUGAUGAAGUUCAUUCUUUGCUGGCCAGUUUUACUGCAAUGAAUCUUUCACACAGUGCUGAAGACAGGACAUAGGAUUAUCAAUUGAAAGUAAUAUCAAUUUUUAAUCCAUUAAGAACAGGAACUUAGAAUUCAUUUUCUAACCCACAGCAGGCAAAACAUUACUUUUGGGGUUUGAAUUUUGUUAAAUUUCAAAGUUUUGCCUGCUCAUGAAACUGAGUUAUGAAUGGAGAUUGCAUUCUGUUACCACUAAUCAUCCCAUCAGUGAUCAAAACAGAAUUACUCUUUACAACAUCAAUACAAUAUCAUGCAGGCAAGUGAUGGGAAUACAGAAAUAUAUAAUUAACCCUUUACACCCUAACAUCAGUAUUCAUAUUCUCCAUGCGGUUCUCUGUACAUUUGAUAAGGUGCUGACAAGGAGAAUUUGUUUCACAAUCAAGAGUUUCUUUAGUUGGUGAUCAUUUCCUUUAUUCUCAUGACAUUCAUGUGUGAUUCAGUAGUGAUGAUGAUAAGAGAAAUUAGAUUUUAGUCACUCUUAGGGGUUAAAGGGUUAAGGGAUUAUAAGUUGAUCCAUUAUCAAAUUCUCUCAACUAAUAUUAUAAGAAUUGUAUGGCAGACAGAACAGGAAAUUACCAACGAGAUCUGGGGGUGAAAGGGUUAAAUAUGGUGGCAAAGAGGUAUAUUAGAAAUAAAAAAGAUAAAAAAAUACAAAAAAAAACAUUUGUAAGGGCUAUUCAAUGGUGCCACUCGUUUAUUUGUCUUAAAGAAACACAGAGUAACAUUUUUUGCAGCUUUGUAGAUUUAAAUAGUGCUGAUGUAGUAAAUCUUGAAAUACAAAAGUAUAAAAGGAAAAAAAGGUUAAAUACAGUUAUUAGGUUAAAACAAACAAGCUUGUGUAUCAGUAAAGUUUAAUCCAGGUAAAGUUCAACAGUGGUAAACUUCCAGUCCUCUUCAAUGCUGCUGUUUGCUUCCUCAAGGUCACAAAGCUGUCCUUUCUCCUCCUUCAUCUUUUCCUUCAGGUAAUUCUCCAAACCAAACAAAGUAGAAAGAGUACUCUCAUUUGCAGCAAUGCUGGUUUCUCCUUUGGUAAACCCACAUGAUUGCCGCCUUUGUUCCUUCAGUUUGUCCUUGAGAUAAUCUUCCAGGUCAACAACUGUAGAGUGGCCACUCUCAUCUGUGUCAAAGCUAUCCUCAUAAAACCCACCAGAUUUUUGCUUCCAUUCCUUGGUGGGAUUAACCACAGUAGGCAGACCUGUCUGAUAUUCUCCACUGCUACCAUCCUCACUGGUAAACCCUCCCGAUUGCGGUCGUGGUUUCUUUUUUUUGGGUUUGGGUCUCUCAGUAUGUCUGGUCUGUUUUGCAUUCUCAUCCUCAUCAGAACUUGAGGUGCUGGUGUUUGCUUCAGGGAUUGCUCUGGACUUGCGUCUUCUCUUUUUCAUACUCUCUGUCAAAAGAGUUUUGGUCUCUAACUUUCCAGCUUCCAUUUUGUCCAUUUCAUCGUCUGUGGAACCACGUUCCCAAAACUCCCUAAAAAGAAACACAGUGAUUCUUACUAAAUACCAAAGCUUAAAGUGACAGCUUCUUUAUACCUUUCCAAAUGUCUCAUAGCCCAAAAGCCUUGAGAAGGAACUAUUAUAUAAUACUGGCAAUUUGUGGAUUCAUUAAAGUCCUAUCCAAACGAGUAAGGCUCUAGUUGGAGAGUUUCGAGACCAUUGCAUUCAAAACUUUAUACAAGCCAAAAAACUUUCCAUGACUUACUUAAGGGUGCUCAUUGCUAAUAUUGCUUAUAAUCCAUAUGACGAUUUUGCAAUUGCACAAGAUGCAGGCUUAUGCAAAUUGAAAACCUAUCAUAUCAUCAGAAGUGACAAUCAUGAAAUCACUGGCAGUUCAUACAAUUUUUUUAUUAUUCUCAGAAAAUUCAUUUUCGUGGGUUACUUGGUUACUUGUGAGUGUCAUAGCACACUUUUGAGCAGUUUGGAAAAUGCUCGGAGGUUUUCUACGCAUGGACUGUCUCAUGGGUUAUCUUAAAAAAAGUCACUUAGAAACUGGCAUAUACAGUACACUCUUAACCCUUUAACUCCCAUGAGUGACCAAGAAAGAAUUUCUCCUUACAAUGUUAAUACAAUAUCAACCAGAUAAGUGAUGAGAAUAAAGAAAAAUAUCAAUUUGUGGAUAAGUUGAUCCAAUACUAAAUUCUCUGAACUAACAUUAUAAGAAUUGUAUGGUUGACAGUAAGGAGAAUUACAAAUUUGAUUUGGGAGUUAAGGGGUUAAAAGCUUACUUUUGAGGGAAUGCAAUGCAGAAAUCCAGUACUACACUUUGAAACCUCUCUAUGCAUUGUCAAUUGACUGGUCAAGAGCUAUAAGAAAAAUGUUAGCAAAUAAUAAAAUGUUUCACUUACGUGAUCAUGUCAACAAGUUUUUCCCCAUAUAUUUUCAUGAUAGAAAAGACCACUGCUAUUAAAAGUAACACCAUGAUUACCAUAAGAAUUAUCACAACUGCAGGGGAUGAUGAGCCUGAGUUGGCUUUGGAACUGUGAAUUAAAAAGCGAACCUGAGCUGCUGUUGCUGUAGAGGAAAAGAGAGAACCAUUGUGAAAUAUUACAUCCAUUGUAUACACAGAUUAUAGUUAUAGAUUAUAUACUCGGAGAACAGCAAAUAUGCAAUUGAGUCAUUCAUUUUGUCCAAUUUGGUCCUGGACUGCUCUAUAAAGAUUAACACGAACAUGUCUUUGUUCUGCAUUGUUUUCAUAGGAAGAAAAUUUUUCUCUUUUUGUGACACUUAUCUUUUUAAUUCUCUGAUAGUAGGACUAUACAAUAAUAUGUGUUAUUCUGUCUUUUUUAACCAUAAAUUUAAAACCUGAAUUCAGACUUAAAAUUUCUUUGUGAGUAUGGCAAAGUCAAUAAUUAUAACAAUCGAUAAUUUGAUCAACUGAUCCAGUAUACACGCAGAUGAAGAUGGGUCUUGAUCUGGGCAAAAUAUGUUCAGGGUAAAUGUCUUGAACUUGGAAGAACAGUUAAUAAUUGUGUUGUGCCUUCAUUAAGGCAAGAGUCAUCCUAAUUAAAAACUCAUAAUUUGUCAUCUGAGGUCAAAGUACCACUUAU